AUGUUUCAAGUCGUACAUCGUCUGGCUGGCCGUCGUGCAGUUUUAUCAGGACAGUCCUGCUGUUCACCUGCGUCGGCCAAACUUCACCUGGGAAGGGGCGCAGUAUGUCAGAAACCAGCCCACAGACAUUGUCCCGCAGACCUCCCAGAGAUGCCCUCAUGUGACUUCAAACCAGAGGAAUACAAGGGCAUGUCCAAAGAGCGGAUAAUGGAGAUUCGCAGGAAGAACUGCAGCCCCAUGACCAUGAAGAUAACCUACUAUAAGAAACCAGUGUUCCUCCAUCAGGGAUACAUGCAGUGGCUGUGGGAUUUUGACGGGAAUCGAUAUCUGGAUCUAUUUGCUGGUGUGGCGACUGUCAGUGUGGGCCACUGCCACCCGAAGGUUGCAGCAGCCCUACAGAGGCAGUUGAAAAAAUUGUGGCAUACUACAAACAUCUAUGUCAAUCCUACUCUCCAUGAGUACAGUGAGAAACUAGCCUCCCACUUACCGGAUCCUCUCAAGGUUGUAUAUCUGACCAACAGCGGCUCAGAAGCCAAUGACCUGGCCAUGUUGAUGGCUCGACUUCACACAGGCAACUUUGACCUCCUCACUUUAAGAGGAUCAUACCACGGUGGCACCCAACAGACCAUGGGUCUUACCUCCAACUCAUCGUACAAAUACCCCAUCGCCACUAGUUCAGGCUGCACAAACACCAUGUGUCCUGAUGUGUUCAGAGGUCCGUGGGGAGGAAGCCACUGCAGGGACUCUCCUGUGCAGACCACCAGACAAUGUGGCUGUGCCCAAGGUCAUUGCAUGGCAAAUGAUCAAUACAUCGGACAGCUCAAAGAGACAUUUGCUACGAGUGUCCCAAGUCGAAUUGCUGGUUUCUUUGGAGAGCCUAUUCAGGGAAUGGGAGGAGCUGUGCAGUACCCUAAGAAUUACUUAAAGGAGGCUUACCAACUUGUGAGAGAGAGAGGAGGGGUCUGCAUUGCUGAUGAGGUCCAGACAGGAUUUGGGCGAACAGGAAGCCACUUCUGGGGUUUCCAAGGUCAUGACGUCCUUCCUGAUAUGGUUACAAUGGCAAAGGGCAUCGGUGAUGGCUUCCCAAUGGGAGCUGUUGUUACAACACCAGAAAUUGCUGCUUCCUUUGCUAAGGCCUACCACUUCAACACCUUUGGAGGAGGUCCCUUGGCUUGUGCCGUUGCUUCAUCAGUGCUUGAUACUAUCAAAGAAGACGGCACACAGCAGAACAGUCAUAAUGUGGGCACCUAUCUGAUGACAGAACUGGCAAAACUAAGAGACACGUAUGAGAUAAUCGGUGAUGUGCGUGGGAAAGGCCUGCAGAUUGGUGUUGAAAUGGUGACAAAUAAGGCCAGCAGAGACCCGCUGUCUCCUGAGGCAAUGAGUGAGAUAUUUGAGGACAUCAAGGACAUGGGAGUCCUGAUAGGAAAAGGAGGAGUCUACGGACAGGCUUUCCGCAUCCAACCCCCCAUGUGCAUCACAAAGGAAGAUGUUAAUUUCUUCCUGGCUGUUUUUAAAAAGGCCAUCCAACGAUACAUGGACAGAAAAUGAACAGUUCAGAGGAGUGGGAACGCCAAGGAUCAAACCUGGAAAACACUAGCACACAGCAGUAGACUGCAUUGUUGUAAGUCUUUGUAUUAUACAAAUGUAAUUGUUAAUAAUCGGCUGUUGUGUCCUGAUGUGGAAGACUUUUUAAAAAGGGAAUUCUAACAGUCAACUAUGAUAUGCAUGUUAGAGCCUCCUCAUCUUAAGAAAAUGUUUUACUGCGAGGGCUCAUACUUGUUCAAAACACUGAGCAAACACAACUCUUUAUAUGUAUGUUGAUCUUAAUUAGUUUAGCUGUUUAUAUCUGUUGAAUCCACUCUCAGAAUGCAAUAACUAUCUCAUAUUUGAUGUAGAAACAAUUUGUGCUUUAAUGAUUUACUUAACGGUGUGUAGGGUUUGGCAGCAUCUAGUGACCCUCUCAUUUGUAUCUAUAAAGGGCUCAUUCUUAGUUAAUGAAAACAUGACACUAACGGAAACAAAAUGUGAAUACAAACCAUAUCUGCCAAUAGAUCCUCCUUAAAGUUACACCUUUGAAUGUGCUUUUUUUUGCCAUGUUUUAUCUAUCACUAUUAAAAAAGGCAUAUGAAAAGUUACAAGUGCAUGUUUGGUACAUCCAUGGUUAAUAAAGGCUUUCAUGUAAAACAUUU